GGAAAACCUACUUUCAGUAUGACUAGUGUUUGAAGUAGCAAGAUGAGCGUUGGAUGGAUUGUUUUUCUCUUUCUUGCGUUUGGAGCUGUAGCACAUUGCAUAGUGUAUCACAUAUCACGUGCAAAGAAAACAUGGACCGCUGCUAUUGAGUAUUGUAAAUGCUACGGAAUGCGGCUGGCUGUGGUGGAUACACGGGAAAAGCAAAAGGCACUUGAACAGGCCCUCAUAAAAUCGCCAAUAUUCAACAAAUUCUUCACAUCCGUAUGGAUUGGGGCAAGCGACAGGGAACGAGAGGGUGUCUUCGUGUGGCAGCCAACGGCAGUACGAAUUAAAUACAGCAAAUGGGAGAAAAGAAUGCCGGACAAUGGAUAUGGCGGGGAAGAUUGCGUUCACGUAUUUUCGGCCAACUAUACCUCUCUGGAAUGGUUGUGGAAUGACUGGGGGUGUAAUGGCGUUUCCAAUAUUGCAUGUGAAAAAAUCGAAAAUCACAAAAAAUGUUAAU